AGUCAGCAGACUGAACUUUUUUUCACAGCAAUGGCUGCAGAGGAAAUUUUUGAGCUCUUGGAUUCUUACUGGUUUGAACAUGGAAUCUUCUCCAAGAAGCCACUUUCGUCUCUCCACCAAACAAACCCAGUUCUUGAAAUUCAGAAACAACCUCAAGAACCGGUUGUUUCACGCUUACCAACUCUCCAUAUCAGAUCUCUCAGUGACCAGGCUUUGAGCUCCAAAACGAGUUUGUCCCCUGAUUCUUACUCUCCGGACUCCUUACUUAGAACAACGAAGCUCGAAACUAUUCUAUCUGGGAAAGAAGUUUUGAACUUUUCGAGUGAAGAUGUUAAACAGGAAGAGGAGGUUGUGGAGGUAGGGAAUCUAGAAACAGUUGUGAGGCCACAAGUAUUGAGUGAAAAAAGAAAAAGGAGAAAAAAGGAAAACAGUAAGAGCUUAUCAGACCUUGAGUUUAAGGAGCUAAAAGGGUUUAUGGAUCUGGGUUUUGUGUUCUCUGAGGAAGAUAAAGAUUCGAGUUUGGUCUCUAUACUUCCUGGGCUGCAAAGAUUGAGAAAAAGCAAUGGAGAAAAUGUAAAUACUCAUCAAGAAGAAUGGAGUGACAAAACUAUUGUGUCCAGGCCUUAUUUAUCCGAAGCAUGGGAUGUUUUGGGGCAUCAAAGAAAGAUAGAGAAUCCAUUGAUGAAUUGGAGAAUUCCAUCUCUUAGAAGUGAAGUCAACAUGAAAGAUCAUCUCAAGUUUUGGGCUCAUACUGUUGCAUCAACAGUAAGAUAACGAGUACAAAUUUUGUUUCUUUUUUUUAAAUGGUAAUUCAGGGUUGCUUUUGUGACUUGUGAUGUUUUUGUUAGGUCAAUUUUGUGGCUUUCUCUGCACUGCAACAUUUGUUAAAGUAAAUAAUGAAACAUUUA